AUGGCAGCUCUUCGUGACAUUUUGUUCGCAUUUCUGUUCGCCUUGGGAGGUUUUUCGAUCUUGUCAGCUCUCUGCCCUCCGGGCUGGAAGAACUGGCAUCAGUCGUGCUACGCGAUGUACUUGGAGCGUAUGAGCUGGGCAGAUGCUUCAGAGUUCUGCGAGAGCAAACAAAGCCACCUUGUCGUGCCAAAUUCACAGGCCGAGAACGAUUUCCUCUGGCGGAUGGUGGUGGAACGAUUUCAGACUGUACAAAAUCGUGGGUUUUGGAUCGGCUGCAAACGCGAGACCGUAACCUCAAGCUUCGUGUGCGCUGGGAAAACUGAGGGACUCGGCUACAUCAACUGGGAACAGGGAUUUCCCAAACAAAAAGCCCUUCAGUGCACUGUGUUGACAAGGGAUGGCAACGGCACAUGGAGAACUGCCGACUGUAUGCCAAAUAAAGAGAGAUUCGUCGCAUGCGAGGUGCCAAGUAGCGGCAUGCACUGCAUGACGGCCGGUGCAAACGGGCGCUUCGUCAACGACCUACCGUAA